UAAACAGUAACCUCUGACCUCUCUGUGACCUCUGACCGGGGGAAACCCUGCCCUGUGAUUGGCUGAGCUCACGCACGUGCGGACAGGUGAAUAUGGCGGCUCCGGUGUCCGUGGGUCUGAUCCUGCUGCUCGGACUCUGCUCCGGUUCCGGUCCGGACUCAGAGCGCGGGAGGAUGGAGCUGCGGCGCGUGCGCAGCCUCGCCGCUCAGCCCAGGUACGGAGAGUGCUGGGCGCGAGCUCUGGACCACCUGGACACUCGCUGCAGGGACCUGACGUCAGAGAGCCAGAGCUGGAUCGCGCUGAGCUUCACGCUGUGUCACCUGAGCAGCUCAGGCAGGGAUAUCCCAGCAUGCCCCGAGGGGUCAGAGGUCAGCAGGUGUACAGGUGCAAUGGAUGCUGUGGCCUUUAACGCCUACACAGAGUUCUUUACUCACACACACUCCAUGUGUCACUUCCUUCAGUCUGAGGCCUGGCAGAGCCGAGCAGAGACCACCAUGCACAGGUUAACAGAGACCUCAGCAGGUGUGGCUGAGCAGCUUGAGUCCACCAGGCAGAUGGCUGAAGAUUUGAUUGAUGCCCAGAGUGCUGCCUUACAGGCACAACAGGAAAUCCUGAACAACGGAGAGGAACUGAGAGUCACCCUGACAGACUCUACCCAGGGUCUGAGGGCGGUGUUCUCUGAGCUCAACAGUGCCUCCAGGGAGCAGCAGGUGGCGCUGUCUGAGCUCUUUAACAGAGUUUCCUUCCUGCAGAGCUUCCUGCUGAUGGAGGCUCACAGUCUGAGCUCCUGCUGCUACAACGCUGCUGCUCUCUGCACCGCCUUCCUGCUUACCUCCACCCAGCGGUCCUCCAGAGCCAGGUUGAUCCUGUUGAGUUUGGUGUGUUUAAAUUUCUACCUGGAGAGGAAGAUCUAUCAGUUUGUUCUAGACUCUGAUAAUCCUCAACACACACACAUGGAGCUGGUCAGUGUGUAUGUGAGUGUGUGUAGGAGGGUCAUGGUGUGUGUUGGAGUGUGUGUUCUGCUGUGUGUGUGUGUUAGGUACAGGGACCCGGUUCAGCAGAGUCUACAGGUGCUCAGAGAGACUCAGAAGAGCCUGCAGGAGGCGCUGCAGCACGCUGAGGGAUUGGGCGAGCGUCACAGGAGGACUCCGUCUGAUGUGAAGAGGAGGUCACAGAGCAGAAGAGGACGAGAGGAAGAGAAGAAGAUGAAGGAUAUAAAAAGAGAAGAAGAAGAGGAGGAGGAGAGUACGCUGCUGUGUCUGAACACAGACAGCUCUGACCUGUCUCACCUGUCCCUCACUGGUCAGUGCCCGUCUCACUGCUCAGUCACUAACUGACCUCUGACUCUUCAG